CGGCAGGUCGUUCACCUCUCAGUUCAUCCAAAAUGGCGCCCAGAGAAACGCCCUCUGUUGACAUAAGCCGCUGUCCUUGUGUCAACCAGAGUUAUUCUGAAGAUUGAAUCGUUGGCUCUCUUGGAAUAAUGGAAGGAACUUGUUUGCAUUCUGUUUUGUUGAUUCUCUUCACCAUUGGUAUGAGUUCUGCUCAUUCGUGUAAGCCUCAGAUGUUGUGUCCAUUCGGCUGGGAGUCAUGGGGCGGCUCGUGCUACAAACUUCUUGAAGGAAAACCGACAUGGCCCGAAGGGUUUUUAAAAUGUCAGGAGAUUGGAGGGGAGAUGGUUUUGCCUUCAUCAUCGGAGGAAAAUAACUACUUGUAUAUACUGAGUAACAACAGCCCCAAGGUGUGGGUUAACUGCAACGACUUGAAGAUAGAAGGACAGUGGGACUGCAAUGAUAACGGCGGGUAUGUGAACUGGGUUAACGGUGAGCCAAAAGGCGGAACUCGAGAAAACUGUGCUUUAGCUCAUUUCACUGCGUGGAACGAUUACCCGUGCUCAUAUAAACACGCCAACACUCUCUGCAAAGGCAAUGAAGUCACGGCUACACAGGCCAAGUUGAAGCAAUGGCGCCUGCUUGCGUCGUGUCUGACCGGACACACCUUACGAGAGAUACCGACCAGCAACGUCCGGGCCUGCGCCAUUGAGUGUGACUACGACCCAAGAUGUCACUCCUUCAACGUGCAGCAUUUCGGGACUGGUGAGCGCAUUUGCCAACUCAAUCUUCGCAUCCGCUCCGAGGCCGACCACACCCAGUUUGUGAAGUCCAAGAAACCUUUUACGUGUAUUUACGGAGAGAAAUAAGUUCAAUCAACAGACUUUUCUGUUCGUGAGCAAAAUCAUUAAAGUGACAGAGGCAGAAACAGCUUAAUGUGGAAUAAUUUCUUUGUUGAAAGACUUAUAGCCCGAAUAUAGGGUGAACGUGCGGAGCGGUUCUUUAUGAAAUAACACCAGCAAUCUAUACUCUCGAAAACACUGGCAAUAGUCCGUGUAAAACAAAUUCCUGUGAAAGUCGUGCAAAGGACAAAACAAUCAUUUACAUAGCGGAUAAUGCUUAAAGCCAUUGGACACUUUCGAUAAACAAUAUUGUCCAAGGCCCACACUU